AUGAAAGCCGCGUCUCUGCCGACACCGCCACCAACUCCAGAUAUAGCCUCAACUUCAGCUCAACUGGCGAGGCACAACGACUACUUCAUGUCGCAGAUGCUGCAUAUCAAGAAGCUCUCGCUCCUGGUGGAUCCCGCUGCUGGGUCUGAAUCGAUUGUUGUAGUGGAGAAGUCGACGCACUCAAUAUGGGACGCAUACUUGCUGCGAGCAGAUGUGCCCAGAAACGUGAAUCUGUUCAGGCGGCAGCAGAUUAUCUACAACAAGGUCUUGAAGCGGUACAUACUUUUGGUACGAGAUGGGUGUGUUGGUCAGCUCGGCCACAUCUGCACGGGCAAGCGCGAGGUACUGUCCUCGCCUUCGCUCAGACCUGUGACGACUCGCUUCAAAGCACUGUUCAAGAAGGCCACGGGUAAGAUCUGGGAGGAGCGCUACUCGGAGCAAAAGUUCGGGCGGCGCACUGAGCAGUACGAGUUUGUCGAGCUUGAUUACGUUUCCUCGAAUCGAGGCCCCCAACCUGAGCUGCCAGAUUAUGCCUGGCUCAACUUGACGGUCGUAGACGAGGUCAGAACCAUGAUGGACCUCAUCCUCCACGGGGCGUCCGCGCAGGCGUCGAAGCAGUCGCAGGAUUUGGAACAGACGAGUUCAUGGUCGUCAUAUACCGCGCCAUACCAGGAACUCAGUCAAUAUACAAUAUUUCUGGGCUUCAGGAUACUCGAGCUCAUUAGGGAUGUCCUGGAGGCUACUGACGGGUCCGUCAAAUGGAAAACCGUGCUGCGGCUCACGUCACGCUACAGAAGCCUAAUCCCGUACUGCCGGGCAUCAACAUACUACACACCAGUGAUAUCCAGCUACCAGGCCCUCCUUCUCGAACUGCGGCUGCUUUCGUCGCUGUGGCCAGAGCAACAAGAUAUCUCCCGCGCUGUGAGCAGCGUGUGCAGCCGCGCGACAAUGCACUGGCACACACAUGGCAUGCUAGCACAGCCGCUGUAUCAGGCAUACAGCUCGCUACGACAUGGCUUCAGACGCCUGACAGAUCGGUCUUCGCUUGAGUAUCGCGAGCUUUGUCAAUACCUGCAUGGUUCCAACCACCCAGUGCACCGCACGUAUUUUGAGGUUCAGGACAUCUACCGAGUCUUCAUCAAGCCAGGGCUACCCAACGGCUACCAAGAAUGGAUCGACAGCAAGACCCCAGCCUCGGACACAACUUCAAUAUCGACAAGCGAAUCCUCACCGAAUCCGCAAACCAGCCACAGAGACGCAGAAGACCGCCGUCUCCUCUGGCACGGCACCCCGCUCGAUUCCCUCCUUGGCAUCCUGGACUUGGGCUUGCAGAUCCGCCGCCGCGGCGCGAGCUUCACGGGCACAAUGUUCGGCAACGGUAUAUACCUCGCCGACUCGUCAAGCAAGUCUGCCCGUUACUGCCGACAUCACGAGAAUGCCAACUGGGCUUCGAUUUCUGGUGGUCAUCAACCCCAUUCGGGCGGCGCUGGGCGUGCCACAAAGUCGGAGAGCGCAGAGGCGGUGCUGCUGCUGUGCGAGGCCGAUGUGGGAAGGAAUAGACUGCUGAGCCAGCAUAGCAUACCUCGGGGUCACAAGGUCGUCGAAGCGACUUGCGGGCGGCAACGCUGCAUUCAGGGGCUUGGGAAGAAUGGUCCUGCCGCGUGGAAAGGGGUGAAGUGGGACAUUGAGGCUGCUCCCUCAGCGAAGCCUGGAGUAGUGCUAAUGCCAGACACGACUUCACCAUAUGGUGAGAUAUCCUCAGGUGGCGAGUUGCGCUUCAACGAAUACGUCAUGUUCGAUCCCUCCCAUGCCAUCAUCCGAUACGUCUUGCGACUCAAGAUGAGCGGCCCGGGUUACUAG